GCCCCGCCUGCGCCCGGGAGAGCAGUCCUGGACCCCAGCUCCCGCAGAAGGGCCUCUCUCCAGCGCUCAGGCCCGGAGGGGGCUUUCUCCCUGCUCAGGAUGCAGAGGUGGGGGCUGUGGGCCGCGGCCGCCCUGACCCUCCUCUCUGCACAGGCCUUUCCGCAAGCGGACAUCAGUAUCAGCCCAGCCGUGCCAGAGCUGCCCCGGGCUUCCCUGUGCCCACUCUUCUGGAUGGAGUUCCAAGGCCACUGCUAUAGAUUUUUCCCUCUCAAUAAGACCUGGGCCGAGGCUGACUUCCACUGUUCUGAGUUCUCCAUCGGCAGGAAGUCCGCCAAGCUGGCGUCCAUCCACAGCUGGGAGGAGAAUGUCUUUGUGUACGACCUCGUGAACAGCUGUGUGCCUGGCAUCCCAGCCGACAUCUGGAUAGGGCUCCACGAUCACAGGCGGGAAGGGCAGUUUGAAUGGACCGACGGCUCGUCCCAUGACUACAGCUACUGGGAUGGGAGCCAGCCGGAUGACGGCGUCUACGCAGAGCCAGAAGAGGAGGACUGCGUGCAGAUAUGGUACCGGCCCACCAGCGCUCCGCGGUCAUGGAACGAUAACUCCUGCGGCCGGAAGUUCCCGUUUGUCUGCAAGAUCGCCUCGCUGACCAUUCUCUGAUCCGGUCUUGCCUCCUGGGAGCGAGCCCCACUCCAGCGUCCUCUGGUAGCUGUACCAUCACGUUGACACAAUAAACGUAAAACACACAAAGGAGAGGAA